AUGGCUCCGUCCAUGCUUCCCAAUGGCUCAGUAUCAAGCGGGCCGCAUGUGGCCCGCAAGGAUAGCGGAGAGGGAGAUGGGGUUACAGAUACCGAGUUUUUGAUUGUCGGCGCAGGUCCAGCGGGAGCGUCCCUAGCAUGUUUCCUUGCAGCAUACAACCUGAAGGGUCUGAUGAUCAGUACCGCCCCGGGGACAGCGAACUCCCCCCGAGCCCACAUUACGAACAUGGCCGCAUUAGAGUGCCUCCGAGAUAUUGGCCUCGAUAGAGAGCUAGAGCGCAUCGCCACCAAGAAUGAGCACAUGGUCCAUACUCGAUGGUGUCACAGCAUGGCAGGAGUCGAAUAUGCGCGCAUCCACUCCUGGGGCCAUGAUCCGAGACGGAAGGGAGAUUACGAGACUGCAAGCCCUUGCUCGCCUGUUGACCUCCCCCAGACUCACCUCGAGCCCGUCCUAGUGCGACAUGCUACCCUCAAGGGGUGGACCAUGCGGUUUAAUACCACCCUAGAAUCUUUUACCCGAGACGCCGACACGGGGCUAUAUAUCGCAAAUAUUCACGAUGGUGUUUCUGGGGCUAGAUACAGAGUGCGUACGCCGUACAUCUUUGGAGCCGAUGGCGCCAGAAGCCAGGUGGUGAAGCAGGUCGAGCUGCCGUUGUCCGUCAAACCCAGCCAGGGACUUGCUAUCAAUGUCCUUGUGAAGGCCGAUCUAUCCCACCUAAUGGGAAGCCGCCCAGGGAAUUUGCAUUGGAUAUUGCAGCCUGACGAGGAGCAUCCAGAAUUCGGAUGGAUGGGUAUCGUCCGCAUGGUAAAGGCAUGGGAUGAGUGGAUGUUCAUCCUCUUCCCAACCCGUGGCUGUGACCAUGACAUCCAGCCGUCUCUCGAGGAGUACAGACAGCGCGUUCAAGAGUUCAUUGGGGACAACACCCCGGCCGAGAUACUCAGCGUUUCAAAGUGGUACAUCAAUGAAAUCGUAGCAGAACGGUAUUCCGAUGGCAAUGUCUUCUGCCUCGGUGAUGCAGUCCACCGUCAUCCGCCCAUGAACGGCCUCGGCUCGAACACAUGCAUCCAAGACGCCUUCAACUUGGCCUGGAAGGUCGCCUACGUUCAUGGUGGCCUCGCCGGUCGGUCCAUCCUCGAUACAUACAGUAUCGAGAGGCAACCUGUUGGUAGAUCUAUUAUCACACGGGCCAAUCAGGCAUUCCGUGACCACUUCGCCAUCUGGGAUGCGAUAGGGGCUCUUCCUCCGCACGUCGAGGAAAGGAGGGCCGUUCUACAAGAGCUACAGAGCACGGGGGAGGAAGGGACCAAGCGCCGCGCUGCUUUCAGGGAAGCAAUCUCACGCACAGCACACGAGUUUCAUGGCCUCGGUGUGGAAAUGAACCAGCUUUAUACAGGACCAGGUAUUCACUUGGCCGAUGAGAAGGAAACCUACAAGCCCAAAGGGAGGAGGGCCGAGGACGAUGUGCUUUACUACGAGCCCAGCACAUACCCCGGCUGCCGACUGCCGCAUGUGUGGCUGAACACAGCCGUUCCUGGAAGGCAAAUCUCAACCAUUGACCUUGCUGGAGGUGGGGCAUUCACGCUGUUUACCGGCCCGGGGGGUGAUGCAUGGAAGGCUGCCGCAGGCAGACUCGCCAAACAGCUUGCCGUUCCUCUAAAUGCUCAUUCUAUUGGAUUCCGGCAAGAUUGGGAAGAUGUCUAUUUUGACUGGGAGCGUGUGAAUGGGGUGGAGGAGGAUGGAGCGGUCCUGGUACGGCCAGAUCGGUUUGUCGCGUGGCGGGCUCCCCGCGUAUUGGGGGAUGUGGCCAGUUGCCAGUCGAAAUUGAGCGAGGUUCUGCGAUCCAUCCUUGGGUUGGACAACCAGCUGUAG